UGUAAUGUAGUAGCAGUGCAAUAUGUUUCCAAGUUCGCAGUGACGAUACUAUUUAUUUAUUUUAUAAAUCCUAGUAAGAUUAUACUACAUUUGGGUAUGUUAAAAUCAAAAUGUCAGAAGAAGAAACAGUGGAUAUUGCGAAAGAACUUGACGAAUUACUGACGAAAGUACAACCAGACUUGCAAGAUGUUAUCAAAAGAAGUUUUACCAACGUAGCGCUUCAACUAGCAAAAAAUGGAGAGAAAAUUAUUCGGGACACGCUAGAAGACACUUCUUAUUUUGCAAAAAACACCCAAGUCAAUUUAACAUCUCUAGAGCUGGUAAAAUCUCCCACGUUCCACAUGCAAGGUGUGUCCCUGGACCUCAAGUCGAUGCUCCUGAGUCUGCGCUGCUCGCUCGGCGAGGUCAACGUCAAGGGCCAGUACAGCGCGUUCAAUGAGAACCUUUACAACCUCAUUCCUGUGCUGUCUGAGGGACAUGUUGUUAUAUCGCUGUCGAAUGUGACAGCGGACGUGAACGUGGGGCUGGUCGUGGACGAUGACGCCUUCGCUUUCAUCAACCCCGGCAUCGAGUUCUCGCACGACGAAGUUCUGGUCAAGCUCUCGUGGCCUUCGCCGCAGCGGAAUGGCGGUUUCGAGUUCGUCACCACAGAGCAACUGGCCAAACAUAUCGAUGAUCUGCCACUUUCGGCGGCUGUGUCUCUGCCGCUGUUCGCGCUGCUGCGACAAAAACUGCAGCGACAUCUAGCGAGAGUGCUGCGGCAGAGUACGAGCGUGUCUGAAGUCAUGUGCUGCGACCCUAGUCUGCACGAGGCUUACAGCGAGAUGGUGAGCAACCUGGCUGCGAAAGGCAACAAGGUGAUCGACAUGGUACUCAUCAACAUGCGACGAACUUUGCUGCAGACGAGGACCGAAGUUCUGGAGCUGCCGCCCUUACACGCCACCUUCAUGCACAAGAUCGGGUCAAUAUCGUUCAUCGGAAAAUUCGAGACGGACGCGGGCUGGGUGAAGAACCUGGCCACAGUGAACCGCGUGAACGACGUCAGUGUCUCCCGACCAGACCCCAUGAAGACCUGCUUUAGUGUAACCUUACGGAUCAAGGACCUACAGAUCGGCUAUGACGAAUAUCGAAUAAAGGCGCUAGGCGCGUCUUGUUCAGGGCGAAUGGCGGCCGCGUUCAGAGAAAACACACUACGAUUGGAACUGAGUGUAGGCCUCGCGCGGUGGGAGCCCUACGCACAGCUUCACGACCUACGUGUGCUUCACAUGGACGGCAUGGACCUGCACGCGACGGGGCUCGGGCCGCUGUCGGGCACGGCGCCGCUGGGCGCGUGGGCGCGCGGCGCGGCGGCGGCGCACGCGGUGCCCGUGGCGGAGGCGCAGCUGCAGCACGAGCUGCACACGGCGCUGACCGAGCUGCCGCUCUGGGACUUGCUGCACGACCAUUAAUACUGGAACAACCGAACCCGUCAGGAGAAAAAAAAACGCACAAUUCUUUUUUUUUAUGUGUACCCUUUUUCUUCUGACGAGAUGGUUUUACCAGACACCUAAUGCGACACGUAGGAUGUCCCCUAACUUAGAAGCACAUUUUUGCUUCAUUCGUCUUUCUUUUUUGGGAGCAAUGAAACGAACGAAAAAGCGGGAGCCUUUAGUGUUUUCAUAAGACCUAUGUGCAUUGUAGUUCUGCCGCUAUAAAACUUUUAAAAUUGAUUAUGGAAAGCAAUAAAUUAAAUUUAAUAUCGAAAAGUAUACGAAUUCUUUGAAAAGACUUGUAAAUUUGUAACUGUCAAAAUGAGUAAAUUAUGUUAGAAUAGUUUCAUACGUAUAAUAUACCUACAUCUUAUUUACUUGCAACUGCCGUUAUUUUAUCAAUUUUAUAAUGAUAUUUAACAGUUCCAACCAUAAUUAUAGUUAACUAUUCCCAUAUACUUUUUUGUGACUUUAUAUUCUAUAAGGUGGAAAAAUAAAUAUAGGUCAUUUACUUUUCUACCUUUUUCUAUCGUAUUGAUAUUUUCUAUUUCAUUAUAAGUUUUUGUUAGUUUGUUUUGCACUAUUCAUAAAUAGUGUCACUACGGAAGUAAAGUGCCGCUCUAUUUUUUAUUUAUUUAUUUUAGGACUGCACAAAAAAAAUACGGUAACAUCAUCAGCAUCACUUUACAUUUUGAUGAAUUUUUACACUUUUGUGCAGCUCAAUUUUUUAUUCAACUACAUAAGUAUUUAAAGAUGUAAGUCCCGCGAUAUUUUUUUUAUUGUUAGUAGGAAACCAAACGAUAUUAUGUACAGAUUUCAAUUUAGACUUUUUAAAAUACUAUGCUGCUUAUUUAACGCAUAAACCUUCCCUAUGUGCAAAAUAAUUAUUUUAUAUUGUUGUGAACUCAGCAAUAAUUAAAAAAUGUACUAAAAGUAUGUGAAUAUUUGGUAUUUAGCAUAGGUUGUGAGUGCCUUGUAACUAUUCUAAGACUGUUGUAUUUACGCGACUGGAAGAGUAGCGUUUUUUAUUGUUGUACACAUUGUUGAGUAAUAAAUAAGUACAUCACAAAUA